ACCCUUUUUCCAUAACUACGGAAUCCCUUGCUCCUUAUUAUUUUUUUUAAAACCCCUUACUCCGUAUUACUCAUAUUAUUUGAUGUACUCCGUAUUACUAAAGAUCAUCGAUAAAUGAUUACGGCGACCCCCACAUCCAUCUAGUACUUCUGCGGUGGUUGUAUAGCCGGAGACCCCACACGCCGCCGCUUUUUUUUUUUGAUGGAGAACAAUCCGCAGCCAUCAGGCAGUGGCUCUCCACCCAAACCAUGGGAAAAAGCUGCAUCCUCUUCUGGUCCUGCACCUUUUAAACCUCCCUCUCCGGGAAGCACAAGUGAUGUCGUGGAGACAUCAGGAACUGCUAAUCCAGGAGAAAUAGUCAAUUCAGCUAACAGGAAUAAUACAACUGCUAACACAAAUGUGCUUGCACGGCCUGUACCUAACCGGCCUUGGGAGCAGCAACAGCAACAACAGACAUAUGGAAGCACCUAUGGAGGUUAUGGCUCUGGCUUGAACUACAAUUCCGGUUAUGGAUCAGGAACGUAUGGUGGCUCAUAUGGUGGAUAUGGGUCAAGCAUGUAUGGUGGCGGUAGUGGUGGAUUGUAUGGGAACAACAUGUAUAGAGGAGGUUAUGGUGGGUUAUAUGGAGGUGGCAUGUAUAAUGGAGGGAUGUACAACAGUGGUGUUGGAGGCCCAAUGGGUGGUUAUGGAGUAGGUGCGCCAUAUGGAGAGCAAGAUCCAAACAAUCCAUUUGGGGUACCUUCAUCUCCACCAAACUUCUGGGUUUCCUUGAUGCGAGUGAUGCAAGGCGUGGUUACUUUCUUUGGGCGGAUUGCAAUGUUGAUUGACCAGAAUACCCAGGCAUUCCACCUGUUUAUGACUGCACUACUUCAGUUGUUUGAUCGAUCUGGGGUAUUGUAUGGGGAGCUUGCAGGGUUUGUGCUGAGAUUAUUAGGAGUGAAAGCAAAGCCCAAGAAAGCUCAACACCCUGGUGCCGAAGGGCUCCCUGGCCCACAAAAUCCUCGCGGUGGUCAAAAUUUCAUCGAGGGCCCAAAGGCUCCUGGUCCCAGUGGAACAUGGGACAGCGUAUGGGGUGGGAACUGAAGCAGUUGACUGGUGACUUCGCAUGGACCCAACACUUCUGUUUACACCUUCACGAGAUGACCACAGACAAACAAGGCGUUGUCGCUUUCUGCACAGAGUGGAACUUCCAUACUGUAGUUGGUUCCGUUACCAAUAGCUUGAAUCAUGGAUCUGUUUGGGUGUUACAAAUACCUGAUAAUUCAAUUUACAGAUUUAUUAUUACAGAUCAAUACUGUGUAUUUGUUGUGUCACAUUUUACUGUAUAAUUUAUCAUAGAGGUUUACGUGUUACCACCUUUGAGUUUCUUGUUUUUUUGUGGCAUGAUAUUGAGAUGCUUGUGGACGCUUAAGUUGUGAUUAAACUUGAAAUGUCUCUUCACGAGAAUUUCAUGGGUGAAUUAUGAA